UACAACUACUACAGCAGAAAGAGGAGCAACACAGACUCAUCACACCCUGACAGCGAGCUCACACACACACACACCAUGGCUGCUACACUGCUAGGGGAGGAGCCUCGGUUAGGCAGCACCCCUCUCGCCAUGCUGGCCGCCACCUGCAGCAGAAUCUGUGACCCCAACCCCUCAUGCUCCCCGGCUCUUUCCGAUGGAGCCCCGGGACUUGUAAAGGGCUUUCAUCCGUGGAAAAGGAGCGCACCGAGCGGCAGCAACCUUGGAGCCUGUCUCAGCACGCUCGGAGCUCCCCCUGGAGCCUCCAGGAUUAACGGGACCGGCCCGGCUGAAACCUCCAGCGCGUUCUCAGUGACCGCUGCCAACUCUCCUUUUGGAAAUGACUUUUCCAUGUAUCAGUCUGUGCCAUCAGAUAAUAGUGUUCCUGACCCCGUGCACGCGCAGCGGUCUGUGUUUUUGAGUAAAUUUCCUCCUACAGUGGAGGGCAUAGCCGGGAUUUAUCCGAGGAUGCACCCCUAUGAGUCAUGGUUCAAGCCCGUGGGGGAUAUCAGUAAUGGAUCUUCUGCUUGGUGGGACAUGGGGACCAGCUGGGUGGACUCACAGAGCCCGGCCGGGUUACCCUCACCUCUGAGCGGCUACAGCUCAGACUACAGCUCCGCCUUCAGCCCCGGAGCCUCUCAGCACCUGCUCCCCGCCACACAGCACCUGUUUGACGGCUUCAGACCACCUGUCCCGGCCCCAUACACGGAGUCUGCGACUACAGGGACUCCUCCACUGCCUGGAAACCCCGUUGUUUCCCUCCCUGCAUCUUCCCGCCCCUCAUCAUCAAGGCGCUACUCCGGCAGAGCCACGUGCGACUGUCCGAACUGCCAGGAGGCGGAGAGCCUCGGCCAGGGCGGCACGAGCCCGCGGCGGAGGGGCUUACACAGCUGCCACAUCCCGGGGUGCGGUAAAGUUUACGGCAAGACCUCUCACCUGAAGGCGCACCUGCGCUGGCACACCGGGGAAAGGCCGUUUGUCUGCAACUGGCUCUUCUGCGGGAAACGCUUCACGCGCUCUGACGAGCUCCAGCGACACCUGCGCACGCACACCGGAGAGAAGCGCUUCGAGUGCUCCAUCUGCCACAAACGCUUCAUGCGCUCCGACCACCUCAGCAAGCACGCGAGGACGCACAACGCGGACGGCUCGGAUGAGAGCGGGGAGCCGGGGCUCGGUAAAGGAAGCAGCGACACGGACAACAGCCUCUCCGGAAGCCCGAGCCAGUCUCCUGGGCUUCACGGGCGCGAGACCGUCCCAUCCUCAGAGAGAGUGAGUGGAGAAUAAUUUACAAACACAGCAGCACGUGGGCAUUUGAGUUUCCUCGGACACUUACAGAAUGAAAUGGCACUUUAUAAUGAACUCAGCUGUGGAUGAACAUGUGUCCUUACCUCAUCUAACACAUACUUUUAUUCUCUCUUCUUUAAAGUCAGUGUUUACUCUACUACAGACUGCUGAAAAUGGAGACAUUUUUAUAGCCUAUGACUCUAAUUUAUUCUCCAGACAUAUUUUUACUAGUCUAUCAGGUACAUAAACAAGUUGACCUAAGUUAAAUGUUUAUUCUGACUUUUUUUUCUUUGAUUAUCUGAGUUAAAGUUUAUGUGAAGUGAACGUGACACAUUCCUCUGGGUUAUGUUUGGCUGAAAGAGAACAUUUUAUGAUUUAUUUCUAUUUGUACAACCAUUUAGAUUUCAAUAAAACUGGACGAUUAUGGACACA